UUGAGCAUUUUUGGAGAAUUUUCUUGACCACUGUGAACGGUGGGCUUCAAUUUGUGCCUCCUAAAAUUCGGAAUAAAACGUUCCCAGAACUUUCAACGACAAAAAACAUGCAACUAAUUUCCAGACACGAUUGAUUGACUAUACGUUCCUAAAGAAACACUUGUUCGACUAUGGUUGAAAAUAUCAUAAAUAUUUUGUGCUGCUACUUUUCAUGAGAUUUUUCAUAGGAAGUGUUCUUCUGUGGUGAAAAUAUGAAAAUGAUAUAUAAUGUUUUCAUCCUUUUACUAUUAGUUUUCCAGCAUAAUGUUCAUUUCAUAUUUUGCAAUGACAGCGAGGAAUUGGCGAACUCACCUUACGAGUUGUUGUACUUCAAAAUAGAGCCGGGCCAGUCUUUCCACCCGCUUCUUAAAUAUCCUCCUUAUCGUCGAUGCAUCCCUCGGGAACAAUUGACCAAAGUGAACGUGACUGGAGGAAGGGGCAAACGCUGGAGACUUUACUGGUCGAAAUUUGCGUGGGACGCGUAUUACUUUGAAAAUGGCGACGAAGUCACAAACUGGGAGUUGGAGAAGGAGAAUGGCGAUGGGAAAACAUCCUUCUGGAAAGAAUCCGCUUAUCCGGUGCUUAUCAUGAUUGCAUGGAUCACAGUUGCUGGAUCCGUGGGUUUAUUUUUCUACCCUCUCCUUGCCAUGGCGGUGUUCCGUUUGAUGUUUUGGACUUGGGAACUGGCCACGAACCGAUUUGUGCGUAGAAUUUGUCGCUGGAUCAUAAUUAAGAUUGAGAAAUCCAAGAGAAACAAUGUCCUCAGCGUGUAUCGAAAUGCAGGUCGCAAACCGCCCGUGUAUAAAUACAAGCUGCCCAAAUUUCUCAGGGAAGAUCCGCACGAAGCAACGCCCAAAGAGUUGGAUGAAAGUGAGGAGGAAUUUUGGAGUAGUGACGACGAGCUUAAUAUGAUGGGGCAGGGGGUCAUGAAAAAUAAGAAAAUGACGUAUAAACCUACGCCAGAAUUUACUCCAGAGUAUCCUCCGGAAGUUGAAGAGAUGACGGAUGGCCUAUUGUCCAGAGAUAUGUUUACAUACUUGCGGAAAGUCAAGCAGCAUGGAAUGUUUGCUGUUUGGACCGAGGGGACCGAUAAUAUCGAUCUAGCCGAGAUUUCCCAAAGUAACAAUAAACCCCCGAAACUUACGACUUCGAAGGAGCAACUGUCUUAACAGCUAAAAAAAUAAUGUGUAUCACAAGUUGUUACUGUUGUAUGAUCGCGUUUAUUUCCAGUAGUAAAAUAUAAUUUUUUUUCAAUGUUACGUACACACAAACAAACCGUAAAAUAAGCGGGUAUACAAAUGUAGCGUGAUUUAUUGUUUCGGAUAUUUAUUUAGACUAAAUCACAACAAUAGUGUCAUUUUCUAAAUUGUCGUACAUACAGAGAAUUAGAGUCAGAAUCUCUUUAAUAUCAGCUCGUUCUAAGAAAAAAAUAUAAAAUAAAAUAAAAUUACUACUAAAAAAAACUGCGGGUUGGGGGUAACAAAACAGUCUGAAGUAUU